AUGAGAGCGCCCAUUCUGGGACUUCCACUGAAGCUCUAUUUGGAUGCAACGAACGCAGCGGUUGGGGCUUUACUCGCUCAAGAUGACCACGAUGGAGAAGAAAGUCCUAUUUAUUAUGUGAGUAGACAAUUAAGGGGAGCCGAAACAAGAUACCCAAAGAUCAAGCUCUUGUGCCUUGCUCUUGUCUAUGCUACACAGCGCUUGCAGCAUUACUUUCUUUCUCACAAGCUACAGCUCAUAGUGAAGUCUGACCCCAUAAGGUACUUGCUCACAAGAUCGGUGCUAUCUGGACGUCUUGCACGUUGGCUACUACAGCUAUCUGACUUUGAUAUCACAUGCACAACUCCUAAGGCCAUCAAAGGACAAGCCAUGAUUGACAUGCUGGCUUUAUUUCCUGAAGUAGAAGAAUCAAUUCUUUAUAAGGAAGCUCUAGGGGAGCUGCGGAAAAUGGUUGUUGUUGCUACAGAGGAGGAACUAUGGACCCUCUACUUUGAUGGGUCUUCUACAUCGAAAGGUGGAGGAGCAGGUGUAAUGCUCAUUAAUCCCGAAGCGCAAGCCACGACCCUCUCAUUCAAGCUAAAUUUCUCAUGCACAAAUAAUAUGGUGGAUUAUGAGGCUUUCAUUAUGGGAAUGUCUACAGCAAGGGAGAUGUGUGUAGAAAAAAUUAAAAUUAUUGGGGACUCAAACCUGGUGCUGAGUCAAUUGCAAGGGAGCUUUGCUAUGAAUGAGGCAACAUUGGCACCAUAUCGUACAACUACUGAAAGGCUUGUCAAUUCUUUCAAACAAGUCGUGCUGGAACAUAUUCUGCGGGUCACUAAUAGAUAUGCUGAUGGUGAAGAACACCAAGGAAUGAAGAGGCUUCACCGGCAGCUGCUGAAUGUCAGGUAUUAUUGGUCUACCAUGAAGAACGAUGCAUACAAUUUUGUAAAGAAGUGCCACACAUGCCAAGUCCAUGCCAAUUUAAGCCACAAGCCUCCACAUUAUUACAGGACAUACGCAUUCCCUGGCGAUACUUGGGGGCUUGAUUUGAUCUAA